GCAGGAGCCGAGAGAGGGAGCGACCACAAGGGCAGCGGAGCACAGGAAGGAGGAGGUCCCCUUGAACUUCAGACGAAAGAGAGGAGGCGAAAAAGCAACAGGAAACAGUUUGUUUUGGAAGCUGAGGGUUAGUCAGUGUGGAUUAGAGUGAGGAGCGAGCUGCAUUUACACAGAGAAACAGCCACUGGACUGAGAUACACAGAGAACGCCAGCAUGGAUGUCAGUGAACGUUACACCAGCUUGCAAGACUACACUGAGGAAAUGUCCACCAAGAGCAACCGGCCCAUCCUAACAUCCCUGAACCCUGAUGACAGCCUGCAAGGCAUGUCCCCCAUGAAGAACAACGGCCAAUGUGUGAGAAGACAGUGUGUGAUUCUUCUCACCAUAGCUCUUCUGCUGUCUAUUGCUGCAAAUAUUGCCUUUGGCAUUGUGUUAUCUCACCAGAAGUCCCAGCAGCCCUGUAUGUCAAAGCUGAGGUCUCUGAAUGGGAGCAGUGCCCCUGCGUGUGAGGAAGGGAGGACAGAGGCAGCACUCGAGUUCCGAUACAACCACCUGCAGAGCCGAUACACUGCAGUGUGUCAGCAGUAUAACAGCCUGGCCGAAAAGUGUCCUCAGCCGGGUACUACAGUGAAAGUGUGUCAGCCCUGCCCCGUCUCAUGGCUCCUGCACGAAGACAGGUGUUACUUUUUCGGCAAAGACAAAAUGCAGUGGAACGAGAGCCGUGACAGCUGUGUAGAGCUGGGAGGAAGGCUGGUCAUCUUGCUGAGCCACAAACAGCAUGACUUCCUGGAGCAGGAGGCAAAGAAGCUCGGUGGGUUUGACUACCACUACUGGAUCGGGCUGAACGACAUUGAGAAAGAGGGGGACUGGAGAUGGGUGGACAACACCCCCGUCAACAUAACCUACUGGAAUGCACUCGAGUCGCAGCCUGACAAUCACCUGUCCGGUGGGCUUCAUGGGGAGGACUGCGCAGUGCUCAACUCUCAUUCGAAAUCCUGGUUCGACGUCCCCUGCGACUUCCAGUAUCCACGCAUCUGCGAAAUGAGCGCUGUGAAGAUCUGACCCACUGACCCUUUGACACAGACUGACUGACCGACUGACUGUCUGACACGCUGACUGACUGGCAACCUGGCAGACUGAUGAACUGCCUGACCAAGUGAUUGGAUAACACACUGACUCUCUCUCUCACACCCACACCCUGGCAUGCCCAUACACCGACUGACAGCUGCCAGCACUGAUGCACUGUCACAGACACUGAAGCCUGUUUGUUCCAAUCAGACAUAGGUACUUGAAUCUAGCCCAUCAGAAACUUUUUCGGAGUGGCUAAGUUGUUAAAAUGUACAGUAUAUAUUCUAAUAUGUUCUGAUUUCUCUAAAAGCUUCCCUUGUUUUAAGGUCCAGUUUUUGUUUGUCACCUUCCACCUUCUGUAAAAAAAAAGUGUUAUGGCUGUGAUUAAAAAUGUUAAUUCAGUU